GCCACACCAAAGCGUCCCGCUGAGGACCAAGAGGAGGGGGAGGCGAUGCCCCCCACGGGGGGCGACGCCCUCCGCUCGGCCAUGCUCGCCGAAAUUCGAAAUUUUCGACCGAAGAAAAAACGGAGCAGCGCCGAGGACGAAGCCCGAGCCAAGAGGAGGUGAGGUACCCUAGCAAAAAUUUAGAGUCGGCAAAGAAAAUGAGAAAUACGGCCAAAAAAUACUGAGAAAUACGACAGAAAUACUAAAGAAUACGGCAAAGGAAAUGAGAAAUACGGCAAAAAAAUACUGAGUAAUACGGCAGAAAUACUAAAGAAAUACGGCAAAGAAAAUGAGAAUGAGGAAAGACCGAGGCUAAAGUUUAGAGGCGCUUCAGCUUCUGGUAAUCCAAAUCAGAAGCUGCUGCGUCUGUAAAUUUUCACUGGGAGCUAGCAAAAAUUUAGAGGCGGUCCGACUCUGCAUCAGGUGCCGCCCAGGACUCGGGGAGCGCGUAAAUCAGCCGCUAAUGUCCGCUACGGCCGAGCUCGAGGUGCGCCUAUUGUAUAUGACUAAACGCAGGUGAAGAACCCUCCCUAAUAAAAUUUAGAGUCGCUUCAGCUUCUCUAGCCAUGCUCGAAAGUCUACGUUCUCUCACAGCGCAUAUCAGAGACCGCAAAGUCUACGUUCUCUCACAGCGCAUAUCAGAGACCGCAAAGUCUACGUUCUCUCACAGCGCAUAUCAGAGACCACCCUUAUCCGAAAUUCUACGGUGUGUCACAGUAAAAAUUUAGAGGCAGCAAAGAAAAUGAGAAAUACGGCAAAAAUAUACUGAGAAAUACGCCAGAAAUACUAAAGAAAUACGGCAAAGAAAAUGAGAACGAGGAAAGACCGAGGCUAAAAUUUAAAGGCGCUUUAGCUUCUGGUAAUCCAAAUCA